CUCUAUCAAGCAUUCCGCACGAUGUUCAUUCAUAGGCCGACCCGCUGAAGAUUUGUUGGCCUUCAUUUUGUUUGUUUGUCAUGUGUAACAAUUUCGAUGUGUCAAUCUGUCCAAUCGCGCUGAACGGUGUUAUCAAUCGUGGACAAAGAGCAGAGUUCGUUUCUUUUACCGUGUAAGCUAAAUACUAGUGGAUUGUUUAUUAAUUGAUGAACAUUUCCUACAGAACUCCCCGGCCCGGCAAGCCUUCUUCAUGAACUACGUAACUUAAGCCGUGAAUGAAAAUGUCCUCGGGAGUGGCGGGGGACGCUAUGGCCGCCCGUGUUGCACCUUUCGUUGAGAGGCUAAAGUCCAGAAAAGAUGAAGUGCGCCUGGCGGCUGCUAAGGAACUAACUAGGCUUGUUAACUCAGAAUUUCGAUCGCUCCCGCAGGAAGAGGUGUCGGCAUUUGUUUCAGAAUUCAGAGAUCACAUCUUCAAAAUGGUCUCACACCCAGAAAAUCAUCAGAAACGUGGGGCAAUGCAGGCGAUCAUGGCCCUCAUACAAAUCUCGGAUCUCGCUACCAUCGCCCACUACUCAAGCUAUAUAAAAACGGCCCAACAAUCCAAUGAUGUCGACGUAAUUGUUCAGGCUGCCAAAGCGCUAGGUAUGCUAGUGCAGAGCUAUACCAGUAACGCGGCAAAGCCCUACUACGAAACCCAGGUGCAGGCGUCGUUCGACACGCUGAUGUCACUCGAGACGGAUAAAGAUAUGCCCCCCAGUAACGUGGCACCGAUGAGCGCCGUGCUUGUGCUGAAAGAGCUAGCCACGGUCAAUCCAACUUUCUUCUCAAAGUUUCUGGGACGGUUCUUUGAUACGAUCUUCUUGCCUAUUGAGCAUCCGCAGACAGAGCUGCGUCAAAACGCCGUUCAGGCCCUAAGCGCAAUCUUCCGAAUCAUCGUUGUCCGUGAACCUCGGGAAAGACAACGCUUGCCAUAUUACGAUCACUGUCUGGACAAAGUCCUUGCAGCGCUCGCAGAUACAUCACCACAAAAAGACGUCGGACCGACCUCAAAAGGUCUUAAUCGGGAAAAUCUGAUCCAUGGAAAUUUGCUUGUCCUUAACGAGCUGUUCCGUUUUUCCAACCUAGAGUGGGAGCAAAAGAUGAAUAAGGUUGAAGACAUCGUGAGCAAUAGUCCCGUUGUUUGGCCAAAGGAAAAAGACCCGCAUAAUUUUAACAAAUUUGUGCUCAAGUACAAAAAGCGGCCGAAGCAAUCACGUAAUAUGGUAACUGUUACCGCUCGACCUGAUAUUACUCCAACGAAGGAAAGCAAAAUCUGCAAAAGUCUCCUCUUGGAGCGCUUUGAAAAUAUCUGCUCACACGUCGUGCGACAAAUGACCCAACGAAACGUUCACAUCCAUAAGGCCCUAUGGGAACUUCUUCCGCGACUGGCUGCGUUCGCUCCGGAACCUUUCGUCAAUCGGAAAUACCUCGAUCGAAGCUUAGUGUACCUUCAACAGUGUCUGAAACGUGAGAAGGAUCGUGGCAAUGCCUUCAUAUCUGUAGGCAUGCUCGCGUUGGCUGUUGGCGACGAACACUUGGGUGACCCGCGUCCGUUUGUCGAAACAAUUGCCGAAGCACUCCAAGCCAACGCAAAAUACCCAGGCGGUGGUAAGAAGCGCCAAGAUCGUGGCGUCCCUGAACCAGCUGUGUUCGCGUGCAUCUCUCUAUUGGUUCGCGUCAAAGGACCCAGCAUUCAACAAGAGAUUAUCGCGCUUCUUCCGCCCAUUCUACAAGCACCCCUAACGGCGCACGUAACUGGAACUCUGAACGAGAUUUGCUUAAGGAUUCCAUCUCUCAAAUCAGAAGUACAAAGAGGCCUGCUUGAUGUUAUUUCUCGAAUUAUUAUGAAGAGGCCUUUGACACAUCCCGGAGAUCCGAUGCGUACGCAAAGUCCGCCUGAAUCUUACACAGAGCCUGCUGUCAUGGUGCAGGCCCUGAAAACGUUGGGUCAGUUUGAUUUUGAAGAUCAUUCCCUGUUGCCAUUUAUCAAGCACAUCGCAAAUUAUUGUCUUGGUUCGGAGCAUGCGGAAAUCCGACUCGAGGUAGUACGAACGUGUUGCUUGAUUCUAUCUCCGAAGCUAUAUCAUAUGAGGCAAGCAAAGCAAUAUAGUACCACGCUAAUGUGCACUGUACAAGACGUAUUGUCGAAACUAAUGAGUGCUGGAGUGACCGAUCGGGAUGCUGAGGUCCGCCGAUGCGUACUUGAGUCCUUAACGGAAAGAUUUGAUGAACAUCUAGCUCAGGCUGAACAUCUCGAUGCACUAUUCCUCAUUCUUAAUGAUGAGGUAUUUGAAAUCCGUGAGCUAGCCCUGAUAGUUAUUGGACGUUUGAGUACGCGAAAUCCGGCGUAUGUUAUGCCACAUUUACGUAAGGUGCUUGUUCAAAUCCUCACUGAACUCGAAUACUCUGGAAUGUCACGAAAUACAGAAGAAUCUGCAAAGAUGCUUGCUCAUUUGUUGUCAAGCGCGCCAAAACUAGUCAAACCUUAUAUGCAACCCGUAUUAAGCGUACUGUUGCCAAAAAUCACAAAUCAAACGCAGAAUCUACAAACAGUUGGCGUAACGGUAGCGGUAAUGAGUGCCGUUGGCGAACAGGCCGAAGUUUCCGGUCCCGAAAUGAGUCAGUACCUAGAGGAAUUAAUGCCGAUCGUUCUUGAUAUGAUGCAAGAACACGUAUCGAUCGAGAAACGCGAUAUGGCCCUUUGGACGCUAGCUCAGCUGGUCGAGUCAACUGGCUUCGUGGUUGUGCCCUACGAGCGUUACCCGAACUUGAUGGGCAAUCUACUGCAUAUACUUGAAACGGGACAGAGUCAGACUGUAAAACGCGAAGUGCUUCGAGCACUUGGCCUACUUGGGGCUUUAGAUCCGUUCAAGCACAAAUUGAUUAUCGGCGCCAUUGAGUCGGACGUGACAGGAGGUGUUCUCUCGUUAUCGAACGACAGCGGAGACUCGUUUGGGGGAGUUGGUGCCGUUGGCGCCGUGGGAACAGGGGCAUCGUCCCACGCCAGCGAAUUGCUCGUUCAGCAUUCGAACAACCUCGACGAGUUCUUCUCAGCGAUGACGCUCAUGUCCCUCACUAAGAUGCUACUAGAUCAACAGCAAGACAGUUGUUGCUGUGCUAUAGCUCGGUCGCUUGGCAGCUUAAUCAACGAAGUUGGAAUGCGGGUUGUGCCCUAUUUGCCCCAGCUGUUGCCAGCUCUGCUGACCGUCAUCCCUCGAAAGUGUUCACACAAGCUGGAGGCCAAAUUAGGUCCCAUUAUUAGUAUGACUGAAGUCGUGGGAAAACAUAUUUCAACCUUUCUCGACGAAAUUCUUGCUUGUACUCGUGAAGUGUGGGUUGUCAACUCGCCGAUGGACCCCGGUGUAAUGGACCUUGUACAGACACUCGUAAGAGCUCUUGGUUCGGACUUUAAGGUCUAUAUACCACGAUUGCUACCACACGCACUGAAGGCUCUUGCCAACGAUAUCAGUCAAGAUCGGCGGGUCACAGACAAACUCCUUGAUACACUGGUCGUCCUUGGCUGCACGCUCGAGGAAUAUCUACAUUUACUACUGCCUCCACUCGUGCGACUUUUUGAGCAGCCGGCCGACAACGAGCCCCUAAGAAAGAAGGCCAUUAUGACCGUUGAUAAAUUGGCUGACACCCUGGAUGUAAGCCAAUUCGGCUCGAUGAUCAUUCAUGGACUCAUUCGCGUUAUUGAUAGUCCCUGUUCGACCGAUCUCAAGGAUGAAGCCGUCGCAUUGAUGACGAUGAUGGUGUGUCAACUGAGGAAGAAAUUCCGCAUUUUCAAGGAGACUGUGGAUGAAGCGAUUAAACGAAAUCGUGGAGGCCUUAAAAGAGUGGACAUCUACGAUUCGAUGUGUAAUAAGGUGCUCGAAGAGUCAACGCUCGUCGACGAUGACACAGGCAUUAUUCCGCAUCGUCAGCGUGAAUUGCGUGAAAAGUCAAAAGAAAAAAAUCCGUCGGUGACGCACAAACAGCGCGUCGGCGAGGAGUUCAUUGUGACGUUGACAGCUCAUUUUGAUAAGCACGUCCUCACCGAAGACUGGCUAACGUGGCUGGAUUCUGUCCAGCUGAUCACUCUGUCACAAGCGCCUGACAGAGCUGUUCGUUGGUGUGGUACAGUCACCACGUAUAUCUCACCUAUACAUAGGGAACUCUUUAACACUGCAUUCCUCUCCUGCUGGCUGGAACUGAACAAGGAGCAAAAGCAACGGGUUAUCACCGCCCUCCAAGAGGUACUGACGAUUCAGGCCGUGCCCGAGGUCACGCAUGCGAUCCUCAAUCUUAACGAGUUUAUCGAACAUUAUGACACUCUACUUAGUGACGUGAAUCUGUUAGCACGAAAAGCGUUUGAAAGUCGCGCGUAUGCCAAGGCUCUACGUUACCGCGAGCAGCAAUUUCAGAAGAACAAAGCCAGUGAACCUGAAGUCCUUGAAUCACUUAUCAUGAUCAAUAAUAAGCUCCAACAGCCAGAGGGCGCUGCAGGCGUGUUGGAAUAUGCUAAAAAGCUAAAAGGUCGAUUGAGGGUGCGUGGAGGCUGGUACGAGAAGCUUCACGACUGGGAAGCGGCUCUCAAUGAGUACCGGAUGGCAAGAGAGAGUGAGCCAGAGGACCCGGAACCUAUAUUCGGCCAGAUGCGUUGUCUCGAAGUUUUAGCUGAGUGGAAACAACUGCAUCAGCUGGCUAGCGAAGAAUGGGAGAAAUCCUCGGUUGAAACACAGGCCAAAAUGGCGCGAAUGGCAUCGGCGGCCGCGUGGGGACUACAGAAUUGGGAUGACAUGCGUAAAUAUUCAUCUGCACUACCCAAGACAUCGUUGGACUUUGCCUUCCAUCAAGCUGUUUUAGCUGUGCACGAACAAAACUAUUUGGAAGCGUAUAGCAACAUCGAUAAAGCUCGUGAUUUGCUUGAAACAGAUUUGACCGCCCUCUGGAAGGAAAGCUACCCUCGAGCCUAUCCCGCCAUGGUGCAAGUGCAAAUGUUAGCUGAAUUAGAAGAAGUCGUACAGUACAAACUCGUUGCGGAACUUCGAGACCACAUCAGGCAGAAAUGGUGGAAUCGCCUGCAAGGAUGCCAAGCAUCCGUAGAGGAUUGGCAGCGUAUUCUACAGGUGCACAGUUUAGCCACCUCACCUUGUGACGAUCAGCGAACAUGGUUGAAGUUUGCCUCUCUAUGCCGCAGUUCAGGACGCCUCCAACAAUCGCGGCGGGUUUUGGCUACGCUUCUGGGUACGAACGAUCCGACCCCACAGAACCUAUUGGCUUGCGCCGGAUCCAAACCUGAGGUUUCGUUCGCUUUUAUGAAGCACAUGUGGACCGAGGCUCGACUGGCCAAAGACUUGGAAAAGAAGAAGACUGUUCUUAAUCUACUGCACAAAUUCUCUCACGAGGAGCUCACCAAGAUCACCGAAAAGGAGUCGGCUGUACCUCCAACGCAGAAACGCGACUACCAGCGACUUCUGUCUAAGUGUUUCCUGAAGUGCGGUCGUUGGAAAGAAGAACUGGAUGGCGUCAAUGAAGCUUCCUUGCGAGACAUCCUCUACUAUCUCACGUUGGCCAAAAAACAUAACAGCGCGUGGCAUAAGGCAUGGCACGCAUUCGCUUAUAUUAACUUUGAAGCCAUCUUACUUCACCAGCGAAAUAAGGGCCAAAACGCUGACACAUCAGGUUUCCACACGUCCGAUCAUACCCGCGGCAUGACAGAUAAGCUUAUGCACGAUUAUGCUGUGCCAGCGGUGCAGGGUUUCAUCAGGUCAAUUGCCCUGUCAGAUGGAAGCGACGGGUCAUCCCUUCAGGACACCUUACGCCUGCUUACAUUAUGGUUCGAUUACGGCCACUUCAAGUCGGUCUUGAAUGCGGUCAGCGAGGCGAAGAAGGCUGUGCCUGUUAUGACCUGGCUCCAGGUCAUUCCUCAACUGAUUGCAAGAAUUGACACGCCUAACCACAACGUCGCCAAUCUGAUUCUUGAGUUGCUCAUGGAUAUCUCAAAACAUCACCCCCAGGCGUUAAUCUACCCGCUUACGGUAGCCCACAAGAGUAAUGCGGCUCAGCGAUCUCAUUCGGCUAACGUGGUAUUGUCGUUCAUGAAUGAUCAUUGGCCUAACCUUGUAAAGCAAGCGCGGCUCGUGUCACAUGAACUGAUCCGAGUUUCGAUCCUUUGGCACGAGCUGUGGCACGAGGGACUCGAAGAAGCGUCGCGACUGUACUUUGGUGAAAGAAACGUCCAGGGCAUGCUAGACACCCUAAAGCCCUUGCACGACCUUAUGGUUCGGGGGCCGGAAACCCUUAAGGAGACAGCAUUCUACCAGGCUUACGCUGCAGACCUCGUAAGGGCCAACGAUUGCUGUCAGAAUUAUCGCCGCACUCACAAUGUGAAAGAGUUGGGCACAGCGUGGGACCAAUACUACGGCGUGUUCCGUCGCAUCUCCAAACAAUUACCCCAGCUGACCAAUCUAGAGCUGCAACAUUGUUCACCGAAACUUCUCGAGUGUACCAAUUUGGAACUGGCCGUGCCCGGCAGCUACAACCCCACUCAGCCGAUAGUCAAAAUACAUUCGGUACACUCAACAUUGCAGGUAAUAGCGUCGAAGCAACGGCCUCGGAAGCUCACCGUAAAAGGCAGCGAUGGGCGAGACUUCACCUUUUUGCUCAAAGGCCACGAGGAUUUACGACAGGAUGAACGAGUUAUGCAGCUCUUCGGACUGGUCAACACACUUCUUAUUAACGAUCCGGAGACGUCGCGACGUAAUCUAACCAUUCAGCGCUACUCUGUCAUUCCUUUAUCGACAAACUCGGGGCUCAUUGGAUGGGUGCCGAACUGCGAUACUUUACACACUCUAAUCAAGGAUCAUCGUGAGCGGAAGAAAAUUCUGCUCAAUAUCGAACAUCGAAUAAUGUUGAGAAUGGCGCCCCAAUACGAUCAUCUCCCAUUGAUGCAUAAGGUUGAAGUGUUUGAGUACGCAUUGGAGGCCACACAAGGGCAAGAUCUCGCACAACUCUUGUGGCUGAAAAGUCCUACGUCUGAGGAAUGGUUCGAAAGGCGAACUAAUUACACAAGAAGCUUGGCCGUCAUGUCUAUGGUUGGAUAUGUGCUUGGCCUCGGUGAUCGGCAUCCGUCGAAUUUGAUGCUUCGAACAUCAGGAAAAAUUUUACACAUCGAUUUCGGCGACUGCUUUGAGGUCGCAAUGACCCGCGAGAAGUUCCCAGAGAAGAUACCAUUCCGGUUAACGCGUAUGCUCAUUCUCGCGAUGGAGGUCACCGGUAUCGAGGGCACCUACCGUAUCACCUGCGAAAAAGUACUUAAGGUACUCCGCAAUCACAAGGACUCGCUUAUGGCCGUCCUUGAAGCGUUCGUAUACGACCCUCUUUUCAACUGGCGCCUGGUCGAAGCGAAUGCACAGCCAACGGGACGAAAUAGACACACUGCCGCACCGCGACCCACCGAUACGACGAUUGCUAGAGACCCGAACGUCGUUGUAAACAACAGCAAUACAACAAAUAAUACCAACGGAAGCAGUGCGGCCCUCGAGCAAACCCAGCAGCCUACCACUACGACUCUGCAUGUUUUGUCUCGAGUCACUCAAGACCAGUCGGCUGAUUCAUCUGCGGGUGGAGAUGGUGCUACUUUAGAAGUUGCUCCGACAGAAUCUCUUAGUGAAGGACGCCUGACCGCCUCGGAAAUACUUUCCCAACCUCAAAGUGAUGGAGCCGCGGUUUUUAAUCGGUCCAGUCAAGCGCACGCUCAGAGUGAGUCGCAGGCCAUUCAGCAGCAACAGCAACAGCAGCAGCAGGAGCAGCAGCAGCAGGCGGGGCCUUCUGGAGCAGCAGGCGCCGCUCAACAGAAACCUCAAUCCAGUCAAGGUCCGAAGCAAGAAGUUCUCAAUAAAAAAGCAGUGGCGAUUAUCAAACGAGUUCGAGAGAAACUGACCGGACGCGACUUCGAUCAACGGAUGCCACUCGAAGUGUCCCAACAGGUAGAACUGCUUAUCCGGCAAGCGACUUCUCCCGAAAAUUUGUGCCAAUGUUAUAUCGGCUGGUGUCCAUUUUGGUGAGCUUCAAAAUCGAACGGAGACUAACCUCGGCGACACAAGCUGCCAUAGUAAAAGCAGGUUACGACAAGCAAUUUCGUAGAUCAUAUUUUUGUUGACGUUUUAAAUGUCUAACGCACUGCUGCUUUUUGUACAUAUUUUGAGAAACGACUGAAUUAAGAUGAAGCUAAUGAGGGCUUGUUUGGUGGACUCUGCUAGCCUUAUAAUGAACGCACCUCAUUGAAUUGGAUUGGGCGUACGACUUAAGCUCAGCUGAGGCGAAGGUCGAGUUGCAGGUUGGAGUCGCAGCUGCCAGCUCUCACAGAAAUAUUAAUAUGAAGCCACAACACUCACUUGUGGUUGCUUCCACGAAUGCCCAAUUACCAAUUAUACCUGACUGGGCCUAAUUGACUUUGACGUGAUCUAGAUUCAACGUUAACGUGGAUGCAUGGAACAACUUGCGAAAAGACCAGGAACACCGAUGUGUUAAUAAGCCGUAAACAUGGGUUAGCAAUGGGAUGGUCAAGCAAAUGAAAUGUGCAAGAAAGGAAUACAGAGUGUUCCUAGAAACCCAGCUGGAGGCAUCUACCUACAAUAAUAAUAGAUCGAGCACACAGACUUGCAGCAAAGCUAGAUUAACAUAAAUACUUAGGCAAUGACGAAAUGUGUUCGAAAAAUUGAGGCAGAAACUUGUGGUACACAACGGUAAACGGAACACAGAAUAAUUAACGAUGUAGCUAUACCAAAAGACGUCAUUGAUGCUAACAAAGAUAAUAGCUAUUUCUAACGAUGCUUGACAAAUGGUUCAAUUGUACACAUACUAGAUUGGAUAAAAUCGAGAUCAGUGUAACAAGCAAUUUAGGGACAUGUGAUUUCUAAGCUUCAAACGAUGGUCGGUUAAACUUCCUCGCAAUGCAAAAACAGGACGGUCACGACACGAAUGGUCACUGCGAUAAUAGAGUUCUAGUAACGCUAAUUAAAAAAUAAGAUUGAACCCUAAUUAUGGAUGAGUAUGAAUCUGGUGUAAUGAAAACAACCACUUGACGUUUAUCGUAAGCUACCGUUAAAAUGAAGUGUAUUAUAGACGGGUUAUAUAUUGGUUAUUACAUUCAGAUAGAUAUGAUGAGCUCUAAUUCAUUCGAUCGCAAGAUUGCCUUAGUGAUUUUAAGCAUGGCUGUCACAGGUGUUAACAGGUUUGAUUGCGGUGUGAAAGUUUGAUCGAUAAUAUUUCCGGGAGCUCCAUAGUAUCUAGCAAACAAAAACAAAUAUUGAGAGCGAGAAAUAACGCAAUUUCUAUUAUCGUCCGUCAGGUUACAUUUGCAUGACUUCAGUGUUAAACAAUCUUCUAAUAGUAUUAUUACUAUAGAAAUACUUUCAUUCAGAGAGAUGUUUACAUACAAACAUUAGGCUUAAAAUAACAAAUGUUAUUUAACAGUGUAUGUCCAUUAGCCGAAUAAAAUUUCAUGGUAAAACAAUAGGCUUAUCAAUAGAUGCAACCGAAUGUCGGGCAAUAUGAGAAUGCAGGCCACACACAGAUCGGAGAUUUUAUCUGUUUAUUAUCUAUUUAGUGGUAGAAAAAAGUAUAUCCGCCUAACUCAUGUUUAUAGUAGUAGCGCUGUCCGCAUGCGUAAAUAACAUCUAGCUAGUUGUUUGAACCGUCUAUCCAUUUUCUGAGGCAGUCCAACAGCAAAAUAGGGGCUCCUAGAGUGAAUCCCGUUAGUAGUUUAUAUCAUAGUUAGGUAAGAUGGAGUAGUUCCCAAAAAAUAGGACUUAAAGUGGAUACGUCUUUGAAGAUAAUUGCUAGAUGUACAAAAAAAAGCGUUUCAAUCUCAACUUGAUUAUAUUAAUGUGAACCUGUUUGCCUUGUGCUAGUUAAUGGGCGGUAAUAUGAUAUUAGUCAUCGAGGCUGUUACCCCUAUUUGGCCCAUCGCGAUCUGGCUAUGAGUUUAUUAACGUCCAUAGAUGGACAAAUGAGAACACCAUAAUAAACCUAGAUUGUAAUACAUAAAAAGUAAUAAUAGAAAAAUUAACAUUUAAACCACAAAUUGUUGAAAUAGGACUUCACUUUACCUGUCAAGAAAACAAAACAAUUGUGUUUAAGAUUGUGUUUAAAAUGCUGUGAAUUUUUUACUGCAGGCCGAGCAUAUCGUGAUAAGCGAUCGAUUCAUUGAGACACCCUAUAUAUUUUCAUAGGUUCCGCUCAAAAUAUGCAAGACGGCGUUUCCGAACAGGUAAAAUCAAAUGUCAUCUGUUCGCAUGUUUUGAAAUCAUGUAUCUGCAGGGGUUAUAAUGUCACAUCAAGCACGUUCUUGGUGGUUUUUUAUUCUAUUUUUGUACAAACUUACGUCGUAUUUACGACAAUAUCACUUUUUGAUGAAUUUUUAUCAUUUGUUUUUUUAUCAUAUUGGCCAAAUAUGGUUACGCUGGCUUGCCUGUAAGAGGGAUUUGCGCACCAUUUCACACUACUUUGCUCGAGUAUCGGUGUCAGUAGGAGCAUUUAUUACGUAGCUUGGUCUAGCCGAACUGACUGUCUCCCAACUGCGCGGUUUACAUAGCUUUUCAACCUUGUACAAGUUUCCAAGGAAAAUAUAAGAGACAUUCUUUUGUGUAUCUAUUAUCAUAGAGCCAAUACUCACAGGCCACCUUCAGAAGAUGUGGGUGUUUAAUGUGAAUUAGAUUAGGUAUAAUCAAAACUGUAUAACACAUAUUUUUCAGUAACGAAAUGUGUUUGCUCCAUCUAGACACACAAGAAAGUUUUACUUUCUAAAAAAAUUUCUCGUUGUUAAAAAAGAGUUACCGUUUAAUCUUUCAGUUUUACAGCCACAAAUAUUUUUAGAACGACGCUAGGUACAUAAGCGUGAGCACUUGCACA